AAAACUUGAAGCCGACUCUCUGUCUCACAUCAUUGUUUAUAUAUAGACACACUUCAUUCUCUUUCCCAUUGCCUGUAUAUCUUCUCUCCCCAAGUUUCUGUUUCUUGGUUCUAAAGUAUAGGUACCCUUUGUCUCCUCCUACCAUUAUUCUCAAGUUUUCUUCAUCUUUCUUCAUGCCCUGGUAACCAUUGACACAUAUAUACAAACACAAAGUAACCAAAAUAAUGAGUUGCAAUGGUUGUCGAGUCCUUCGAAAAGGAUGCAGUGAGAACUGUAUUCUUAGACCUUGUUUGCAAUGGAUCGAAACCCCUGAAGCCCAAGGCCAUGCCACUGUAUUUGUCGCUAAGUUUUUUGGCCGUGCUGGACUCAUGUCCUUCAUUUCCAACGUUCCAGAAAACCAACGACCUGCUUUGUUUCAGUCUUUGUUAUACGAAGCUGCUGGAAGAACAGUGAACCCAGUUAACGGAGCGGUAGGUUUAUUAUGGACGGGUAAUUGGCAUGUCUGUCAAGCGGCGGUGGAGACGGUCCUCCGCGGUGGCGCGUUGCGGCCAAUCCCUGAAUUUCUCGGCGCGUCGUUAGAGAGUGACGAAGUAUCUGAGUGCACCGACGCUUUUAAGGUUCAAGAUCCUAUUCAAAACAUGCGACCGAAGAUGCAAAAACGACGCCGUUUUCCUGAAGAAGCUUCAAUGUUGUCGGAUCUUGAUCUCAGUUUAACACCAGGUUAUAAUCAGAAGGUGUAUAAUAGCCACCCUUUGCAGGAAAAUCACAGGCGACCAGGAACACCUUCGAUGAAUUCAGAAGAAUCUGGAACAACUACGUGUUUUGAGAGUACUGUUGUUAUUGGAGACGAACCCAAGUUACUAAGCUUGUUCAAUUAGAUUGUACCUAUUUUUGUUAUUAACUUUUUAAAUCUUUUUCCUGUUUUUACUAUGGGGAAGGGUUUUUCCUGGAAGUAAAUUCCGGAGAGUUUUUGUAAAUCAUUUUGGCACUGGAUUUCCGUCCUUUCAAGCUUCUUUAUUACGAAUAGUGGAAAGGAGGGGAAAGUGAAAGUUUGCCAGUGAUUCCUUCCUUCUUUUGUUAUAUUUGUUUUUGUUUUCGUGUUCCAUAACGAGUCUAAUGAAUGUUGGACAUUGAAUAAACGGAUUGUUUAUCUUA